AAAUUAUAUUGAUCGUUUUCAAUUCAACCAAUUUCCCACCUGCCACCUCCUUUAUAUUACUUCCUUGAGAGAAGGAACUGACGAGUGCAGUUUAGUUUGACUUUUGUUCAGUACUGACGUCUGUUCCAAUAUGUCUCGUCAAUACCUUUCGGUUAAAUCCCGAAUCGGUCAAAUCAUCAAUGACCAGCUUGAUCAAAUUAAGUCCAAGAAAACGCUCAAGUUGAAUAAUUAUGCAUCGACUAUUUCACUGCUCUCUUCGGACAAUACUGCAGUUGUGCCGUCACUAUCCGAGGUGGUGGAAUGUAUUCAUGAGAUUCUCUAUUCGCAUGAGCCCCCUCUUGAGUUAGAACGACUAUCAUUUCAAAGUAACAAUAUUUCAAGUCUUCCAAGUAAUUUUCCAAUCAUUUCGAUGAGUCUUAGGUAUCUUGAUCUUCACAAUAAUAACUUGACUGAGUUUCCUAUUGAAAUCUUGGACUUCAAAGGGUUGGAAAUCCUUGAUUUGUCUAAUAAUAGUAUCUGGGCAUUACCUCUGCAAGAAUUAAUUCAAUUAGAAAAUCUUCGAGCCUUGUCACUUAAAGAAAAUAAAUUGAAAGUUCUCCCAGCAGCGAUUGGCCAUUUACCAAACCUUAAUGUAUUAGAAAUUUCUGGUAAUCCAUUAAUCAAGCCACUGAUGGAAACUAUCAAAUCAUUUCAAAAACAAAACCCUGAUUUAGAUUGGGUUCAAGAAUUAAAGAGUUAUCUCCGUACAAAUGCUACUCUGUUGGAUAAAAAGCAAACAGAUAUUGCACAAGAACUGCUGCAAUCACUCCCACAAUAUCCUCCCCAUGCACCAUUACCUGUAUCACAACUGACAUCCCAAAUCCCAACUUCACUGUCGAUUAAGAAGUCACAAUCUAUUGCGCGUCCAAAUAGUCCAUCGGAAACCCGUAGUAAAUCUUCAAAGGCAGCAAGAAGAAUGGGAUUAAUUAUCAAGAAACCUGAUGAUAAUGGUGCAGUUGUUGAACAACAAGAAACGAAGGAACCUUCUGGAUUAUUCAACUCGAUAGAUAUUCUCAACACUCAACCUCCACAACCCAUAACUGCAUCGGCGGCCGAAACUACAUUCGAUCAAUCCAUAACCACUACACCUCCGCCACCCGCUAAUAGUGUGCCUUCUAUCACCCACAUGUCCACUACGUCACCAAAUGCCCCCACCAUCACGAGACCCGGAAGUCGUAAUAGAGCACGAUCAAAUACCCUUAAAGAAAUUGAUCGUAUAUUGGAAAAGAAUGAUAUUGUCGAUACUGAACAUAAAUCAGGAGCUUAUUUUAGGAGACUUUCCACCUUACAAGAAGUUCCGAUUGACGAAACAAUUUCCUUCCAAUCAAAUAUUUCUCGUCAAGUAUUUGCUAAGUCGCCAUCUUCAGCAAUUGAUGAUGAUGACCUUAAACAACAAGGUAAAUCACAAUCUCAAACUAAUUUGCAUUCACAAGCACAACUGCAUUUACACCCCCAACAUCAUACACAACCACUGCAUCAUACUUUACACUCACAUUCGGCGUCCCAUUCUCUGCAGGUUCAUUCUCGUACUGGGAGCUCUUCUUCGGGAAAAUCCCCAGCAACAGCGACAGCAGCAACAUCAGCAGCAGCAAUAACCGCAACAUCAGGACAAUUGCAAAGUCCAGUAAUUGCCGAAUUAUCACCUACAAAGCAUUCCCAACAACCACUUAAAAGAGUUACGCACCACGACGCCACUACCAUAAUAAAAGUAUCUAGAAAGGUUCUUUUCUCAUUCAGUGAAUUACAUUCAUCAAUUCGUCGAUUUACUGGAUUUUGCGUGGACAAGAAAAUCACCAUCAAAAUGGUCACAUUGUUAUACACCACCAAAUCUAAUAUAGAUUCACUUGUUGAAAAUUUGGAAUUAAUGGAAGAUAAGGGGGGAAAUGUGGAUCAAAUUAUGGUCUCAUUACAUAAUAGUAUAACUUCAUUCAAAUCAAUUAUGGCUGUUUUGAAUGACAACUUUGCUAAUUUCGUUAUGAAGAUUGAUAUUUGCUUCAUCCGGAUGUUAUAUUUGACUGUAUAUGGGUCAUUUAAUGAACUAUUGAAUGCUUAUAAAGUUCUUGUGUCAGCUCCAAAGGUGACAGACCCCUUAAAUUUCAACUCUGCUACAGCAAAUGGCAGUAGUGUAGCAGGUCCAGGGCAAUCAUCAUCAUCGGUUUCAUCUUCAGCUCCUGUACUGAAUGGUAUAAACACCAACCAUUUAACUUUGGAUCCUAAACAUACAAUUGGAAAACAUCUGUUAUCUAUCAAUACAGCUUUGGCAAACACAAACAAUGCUGACCUGCUCCCAAGUCUGAAUUCUGUCAAUGUUCCUUCCACGUCUUCAUCAGUAUCGAAUGCUGACACUGAUUCACCAGACGUAAAUGUAGAUGAAAAGCUUUACAAUGCUAUUGAUAUCGCUACCUCCAAUGCUCAAGUUGUAUUUUUAGAAUUAACUAAAGCAAUUGGUAAGAGUGCAAUCGCUAGUGCCAACAAUCCUCAAAUUGGACCUGCAGUGGCAUCAAAGGUUAAAGAAUUAACAAAUGUUUGUAUUACGUCCAUGGAUGUUUCCAAAAGGCUACAAACCAAAUUAAUUACAAUUCGUAAUAACCCAUCAUACACCACUAAAAGUUUAUUUUGGGAAGAUGUUAAUUUAUUUUUGAAGGCAAUUAUUCAAACUUUUUCAUCAGUAAAGGCAGUCAUGAAAGAUUUACCAAUUUUAAAUGAAAUCAGAGCAUCUAUGGCUACCCUUACCAAAGCUACAAAGGAUGUUACUAUAUUGAUUGAAGUUUCAUCGUAUAAAUCAAUGUCUACUGAAGGAUCUAGCUCUGCAGUUUCUUCUCAUCCGCCACUUUUGGCAUCCAUUCCUAGUGUUUCUAACAUAUUCACCCCAUCUUUGGCAUAUCCCCCACAACAAUUACCAUCCCGUACUCAGUCUCUGAGUAAUCUCUCUCAGCAGAAUUCGGCAAUUCCUGCACCAAUGCGGACUCCACUCGUUGCUACAUUAGGACCUGCUGCUCUGGUAAUAAUGCCAACCAUCAGUGGUGAGGCUUCACCAAUGGCUAGCCCUGGAAUUGUGGGAGGCUCGUCUACUCCUCAAACCAGUGGUCAGUAUUACGCUAAGAAUGGUUUGAAUCCCUUUGAUGGGUUGAUUAUGGCUAAUAAGGAGAGAGAAGAAACAAGAGAAAGAUAACUAUAUAACGAAAACAUAAG